AUGGCUUCUCAAUUUACAAUAGAAACAAACAAAAAGUUUCUUCAAGAAUAUGACAUUUCUAAAGAGGAUGAGUAUUUGGAUGCAUUUAGAGGGUAUUUUGCAAAUUUAAAUGGUGUUAAAAACCAAAUGAAAUUUGAAGAUAUUAUUAAGUCAAGGAAAAGCAUUGCUGAGAUUAAUAGAGAAUGUCCAGACACAGUUAAUCCUUCAUUCUGGAAGAAGUCAUUUAUAGACAAACUAGAGGGUGUUUAUGAAGUCAUUCCAAACAAAUUAUACCAAGUACGUGCAGAAUCUCUUGAUAUUGCAAAUUUAACUGCUUUAAAAGGACAAACUGGAUGGAUUAUCAUAGACUGUAUGUCAACUGUAGAUUCCUCAAAUAAAGCAUUUAAAUUAAUAAAAUCUACUGUAGAAGACCUUCCUGUAUCUGCUGUUGUUAUAACCCAUUCACACUUUGACCACUUUGGAGGAUAUGAUGCAGUAGCAACACAUGACACUCCUUUGUAUAUUCCAGAAACUUUUUAUGAAUCAUUAUUUGAUGAAAGUAUAUUUGCUGGAAGUGCUAUGUCAAGAAGAGCAGAAUAUAUGUAUGGAACACGCCUUAAUGAAUCAAAGACAAAGUCAAGUGGAAAUGGAUUAAAUCCAAAUCAAAAGAAGAGUGUUUCAAUACCACAUUCAUCUCAUACUAUAAUUAUCAAAAAGGAUAGUACUUAUAUAAUUGAUGGAAUUACUUUUGACUUUAUUCCUACUCCUAACACAGAAGCACCUGCAAAUAUGAUGUUCUACUUACCUGAAUUUCAUGCACUUUGUUGUGCCGAUAAUAUGCCACAAACUAUGCACAAUUUAUUAACUCCAAGAGGAGCUAAAGUUAGAAGUGGAAAAGUUUGGAGUCAAUACAUAGAUAAUACCAUUGUAAAGUAUGGCAAAGAUGUUCAAAUUCAUUUUGCUUGUCAUAACUGGCCUUUAUAUGGAAAUGAAAAAAUUGUUAAAUAUUGGAAAACAAACAGAGAUUUGUAUAAGUACAUUCAUGAUCAAACCCUUCGUUAUGCUAAUCUUGGAUAUUCACCAAAUGAAAUAGCUCAAUUAGUCAAAUUACCACCAUCCUUAGCAAACAAGUUUUGUUGCAGAGAAUUUUAUGGUGUUUUAUCAUUUAAUAUUAAAUCCCAAUACCAAUUAUAUCUUGGAUGGUAUGAUGGUAAUCCUGCUCAUUUAAAUGAACUUCCUCCAAAAGAACAAGCAAUAAAAUAUGUCCAAUGCUUUGGAGGAGAAGAAAAGGCUUUCCUGAUUGGUAAAGAGGCAUUUGAUAAUGGAGACUAUAACUGGGCUGUAACUGUGUUAAAUCAUUUAGUGUUCUGUAACCCCAAAAACCUUCGUGCUAGAAAUUUACUUGCUCAAACAUAUGACCAAUUAAGUUAUGUUCAAGAAUCAUUAGCAUUUAAAUAUAGUUAUUCCACUGGUGCAAUGGAACUAAGAGAAAGUGCUUAUCAAAAGCCAUUAAAUCCUGCAGUUGAUAUUGACUCAUUACCACUUUAUUCUUUUGGUAAUCUUCUUUCUGUAUCAAUAAAUUCAGAAUUACUUGAAGGUAUUGAAGGAGAGAUUAAACUGAUCACAACUCAUCCAGAAGAGUGUAUUACAUUAAUUAUAAGUAAUUGUGUUUUACAUUCUAGAACAAUACCUUCAGAGUCUAAGUUUUUUAUAAAGAUAGAAAGAGUAUUGUUAGUAAAGUUAUUUACUAAAGAAAUUAAAUUGAAUAAAUUAAUAGAAGGCAAAAAUAUUGAAACUAAUUGUGCUGAAUUGAUAAUGCAGAUAAUUGAUGCUGUAGAUCUUUCAAGGACUCGUUAUUCUAUUAUUGAACCAAAAUACUAA